GUUAAACGGGAGCUUUGUCAUGAGUGAUGGAAGUUGGUAUCGCGCCGCAUCACUUUGAGUCUGCCUCCAUACCGGCGCAGCGCGUCCGACGCCUGCUCUCACUGCGGUACUGCGCGUCAGCCGCGCGUCACACACCCUGCGAAUUAACUAGUUGUUUCCCUUCAACCUCAACGCGGAUGAAAUAACUGAAUGCUGCACUUUCGCCUUUAAAAAAGAAAAGCAGAAUCAACGCGUUUUCGUUGAGCUGCAGAGGUAAGUGUGUUUGAAGGAAUCUCGAUUUGGGACAGGACGCAUACGCGCGCGGCCCCACCUAUAUAUAUAUAUGACAGCGCUAAAGGUGACGCGUCUUUUGGAUUUGGGGAUCAGUUAGACAAAAAGGCACUGUGGAUGGAAAAUAUCAUUUCUCAAAAGCAGUAACCUUUUAAUGGACUAUCAGGCACAGAUGACACCAUGAGCAUGACCUUUUUGAGGUUCAGCUAUUCUUCAGCUACACUUCUGAUUCUCUGAUAUUAGCAUAGCCAGGCUUCAAACUGACUGACAUCAGCAUGGGCAUUGAGAGUCAGGGCCCCACGCGCCCUGCAGGAAACCUGACACCAAAGCAGGUCGAGACAUUUCAGAAGGUGGAGCCGAAAGCACUGGGGUCCAUUCAGAUCAUCAUUGCUGUCUUGUGCUUGUGUCUGAGCAUCACCAUUCUUCAGCUCUAUGAAGAGGUUCACUUCUCCCCUGAUGUCAUUGUUGUGGUAGUGAUCGUUGUUCAGUUGCUUGUGUCUGGAUCCAUUUUAAUCCACGCUGGAAGGUUCCCAUCUCUGUUUUGGGUGAAAGCCACACUGGUUGCUCACCUGGUCAGUGCAGCAUUUUCCACUGCUGUUCUUGGGCUGUUGUCUCGUCACCUGCCUUACCGUCAGGACACGUACCACUGUGAGCACUGCAGGAGACUGGAGAUCUAUGCUGUGCAACAAUAUUGUUUCAGGAAGUGCAGUUAUAAUGUCGAGAGAAAUUGUAAACUCUUGAUUGAUGGCUUCUUGGCCACACUGGUUCUGUUUCUGGUAGUGGAGUUGGCGAUCUGUAUUGUAACCAUUUUGUUUGGACUAAAUGCUCUGGCUAAAGGCGGCGUGCAGCUUCCUGGUUUCAGACAGCGUGCUGCCCCAUCUGAGGCGAUCACCCCUAGACAACCUCAGGUGCUGAUGGUCUCAGAGGUGGAGCCAAUGUCUGAGCGUGAGCCUGAACCCAGAUCUGAGCCAACAGAAGAAAUCCCUAGCCCUCCCACUGAACCUCAAGUGGCCCCCAUUGACUCUUUAACAGACGUUUGACACUUCGUGCUCAUGUGAUCUGAAUGUAUAUUGUAGUAGAGGAGCGUUAGAGAUGAGUGAGGCUUUAGUAGCAAGGGUUUUGUAUUUUACUGAGGUAUGAAAUCAACAUGAUUGGCCUUUAUAAUAUAGGCCAUUAUCAUUAUACUUAAAGGGACAGUUCAACCAAAAAUAGAAAUUCAUUUACUCCCUCAUGUUGUUUCAAACCUGACUUUCUUUAGUACACUGAAAACGGAUGGGGACCACGGUUCAUAUAACAUGUGCACUAUAUUCCAAGUCUGAAGUCAUACAUUUAUGCCAUCCAUUAAAAUAUUGCUUGACUACUGUGAUCUCUGUUCAUGUUUACAAAAAGGGCAACUGAGACAUCCUACUAUUAUUUUGCCCUUUUGCAUUCCACAUAAGAAAUAUACUUUUUUUUUAAAAAGUUGUGAGUUUGGGAAGACAUGAGGAUGAAUUUUCAUUUUGGGGUGAACUACUGCUUUAACAAUGUGGCAUGUCUCGCAGGGAAAAAUGUAUGUAAACAAUGCAAGCAUGCACAGGUGGCUCCACAUAAUGCAAGACAUAAUGAUCAGGUAUUUGGUUUGCAGGAAGCUCAUUUUAGAUGUAGAUUGUAUAUCAUGCUAGCUUUAAAUCAUUCUCAUCUGUCAUCUACAACUAUAUUGCAGGUAAUAUCAUGUUAAUUGAGAAAUGGCACUCAUCACUAAUCUGCAAUAAUAAAUACUUCCAUUGAGCUAAUCUACUAACAAACAAAAAAGCUCUGUAUGGUAUGUUAAUAUAUGUUACAUAUUGUAAAAUAUUCCCACAGUUCAUUUGGCCUCUUGAGUGUUCGUAAUCUGUGGAAAAUCUGAUGACAUAAUACGUAUAUUCAACCUCUAUGCUCAAAAGAGAAUGAGAAAUAGUAACAAUAUCUUAACAAUAAAAUACAUCCAAGUUGGGCUUGCAUUUUUACCCCCUUUAAAGGAAAAAGAAAAUGUCAUUGGUGCUAUUACUCUAGAAAAUCCAUUUGGUGCAGGAUGAGGUUUUGCCACAUUUUCAUCUUUCAUAUAAUCAUCCUGUAUUCUUCAAGUAGCAAUGGGUGAUUAAAUGGAGAGAGUUAGAAUAGGGAUUUUAUGCGUCAUCUUUGGCCCUUUGUUUGCUUGCUUAUUGUCUCACAAAGCAUAAUAGUUCAGCUAACAGUUAUUGUUCUAUGUUACUCACUCACCAGACUCACGGAAUGUCAUUUUUAGUAUCUCUCGAGUAUCUGAAUUCAUUAUACAACAUUAAAUGUUACAAAACAGCCAUGAUCCAAGGAAACUGUUGUUUAUUACAGAUCUAACAAACCAAAGAAUUUUAUUUCUCUUCUGUAUUACUAAUGUUUUUUUUUUCUUUCGUAACACUUUUACACAGCAUUUCUACAUUUUCUGCUCUGCUCACUCCACCACCUCUUGUUUAAUUGUGAUUUUAAGCAUGCUGUUAUGAGUUUCCACUAAUUAGUGUGGCAUUGGAGCACAUUCUCAUGGUGUUUGAAGUGCAGUGUAUUUUAGGUGCUGAAUGGACUUAUUAAAUCACUUUUAUGCACCAACAA